UUAAUAAUUCUGCUUUUUAAUCCAGGAUUUGAGUGUAUUGUGAAUGCUGCUAAUCAAGGUGUUAGUUUGAAGUUUGCUUAGUAAAGUACUAAAUAACUCAAUAUUCUGCACUAGCUUGAAGAUUGAAGAUGUCUAUUUCAGCAAUAUAUAUUCUAGAUGUUAAAGGCAAGGUGUUGAUAUCCCGGAAUUACCGUGGGGAUAUCGACAUGUCUGCCAUAGAGAAGUUCAUGCCGCUGGUCAUGGAGCGGGAAGAUGAUGGCCAACUUGCCCCAAUAGUCCAGACGGACCAGGCAACAUUCUGCUUCGUGAAAGUGAGCAACUUGUAUGUGGUUUCAUCCACUCAAAUCAACGCGAAUGUGACGAUGGUCUUCUCCUUCUUACACAAACUUGUCAAUGUUUGCUCCGAGUAUUUCAAGGAAUUGGAGGAGGAAAGCAUCAGAGACAACUUUGUGAUAGUUUACGAGCUGCUUGAUGAGCUCCUGGACUUUGGAUAUCCUCAGACCACCGACUCGAAGAUCCUGCAGGAGUACAUUACCCAGGAGGGCCAUAAGCUGGAGGUGGCGCCGCGGCCUCCCAUGGCCGUGACCAACGCCGUGUCGUGGCGCUCUGAGGGCAUCAAGUACCGCAAGAACGAGGUCUUCCUGGACGUUAUUGAGGGCGUCAACCUGCUGGCUAACUCGAGCGGGAACGUGCUUCGCUCCGAGAUCGUGGGCAGCAUCAAGAUGAGGGUGUACCUCUCAGGCAUGCCUGAGCUCAGGCUCGGCCUCAACGACAAGGUCUUGUUUGAGAGCACAGGGCGCGGCAAGAGCAAGAGUGUCGAGCUCGAGGACGUCAAGUUCCACCAGUGCGUCCGCCUCUCCAGGUUCGACAACGACCGCACGAUUUCCUUCAUCCCUCCCGACGGCGAGUUUGAGCUCAUGUCUUACCGCCUCAACACUCACGUGAAGCCCCUGAUCUGGAUCGAGAGUGUGAUCGAGCGGCACGCGCACAGCCGCGUCGAGUACAUGGUGAAGGCGAAGUCUCAGUUCAAGCGGCGCUCUACAGCCAACAACGUCGAGAUCAUCAUUCCUGUGCCCAACGACGCCGACUCCCCCAAGUUCAAGACGAGUGUUGGUAGCGUCAAGUACACGCCAGAGAAGAACUGCAUUGUUUGGACCAUCAAAAGCUUUCCUGGCGGGAAAGAAUAUCUCAUGCGCGCGCACUUCGGCUUCACAUAUUUGAUAUAAGCUCCUACAGACAAUAUCUGUUUAUUUGUUUGUUCGUAGGUGAGAUACUUGAAGAUCAUCGAGAAGUCAGGGUACCAGGCGCUGCCGUGGGUACGCUACAUCACCCAGGACGGCGACUACCAGCUCAGGACCAACUGAUAACCUCUCUACCACAACUGAACACCUCUGCUGCAACUGGAUACCUCUCUACCACAACUGAACACCUCUGCUGCAACUGAACACCUUUCUACCACAACUGAACACCUCUCUACCACAACUGAAGACCUCUACCACAACUUGACACCUCUACCACAACUGAACACCUCUCUACCACAACUCAAAAGCUCUUUACCACUCAUUCAUUUUGAUCAAAAAUGAGAGUUAUUUCAUUCCCAAACUGGAGGUGAAUUGCCACCCUUCGGAGGUAAUGGAGGUGUGAAAGGAAUGAGUCGUUGGUUCAUCAGAUUUGCCAGGUUUUACUUAAGGUAUAAUGCUUGUAUAAGUUGAAUUGGGAACAAGUUGAAACGUUUGGGAGCCUCUGCUGCAUGACAACAGAAUUUUCUCUACUUGUGCAGUUACAUGCGACCUCGAAUAAUCUAAGUGGCGUGACGAAGCAUCGCUGCUCUGAGUAACAUUUUCAUCAAUAAUCAAUUCAUUUUAGUCGUUCAAUGAUAACCAUCUUACGAUCAUUGUUCUUUCUAACCCUACGUUUAUUAGUAUUGGGUGAUGAGGAUGAUAGUAAGUGGCCAGAGCCUGAGUGCCAUUUGUAUUUUCAUUUUGCAUUUUUCGUUUUAAAUGAUCUGGCUCUUGGUUGUGCUACGGUAUUCUCGAGUUAAUUUCUUCAUUGAUUUGUAUUAUUAUUAUUUUUUGUGAAAAGCUGAUACCGAAAAUCUUCUAAUGUAUCGGAUGGGAUGUAAAUAACUCAAUUAAUCUGUCUAGGGCGAGGAACCAUCUUCAUGUGUUUGUGAUCGGCGACGACGUGACUUUUCUGAGAAAUUUUCCACUCCCCUUUUUCAACUGAACCUUUCAACUUUUUGCUCAUUGUAUUUACUUGCACUCUUGCUUUUUACUUUUUAGUUUCAACCGUUCCAAGCAUGUUGCGUUUUCUUCUUGAUAAUCAAUGAUCAGCGUUGGAUGAAAUGGUCGCUUGGUCUACUCAGCUUUGCUGUAGUAAUCGAUCCUGCAUACAUCCAACUAUUAUACCAUUCCGUAUUCCUUCAUAACUAUCUAUUUAAAUUUAUAUAUAUCUGUUGUAAUAUUUCGUAUUCUUUUAUCAUCAUGAAUAUUAAUUAAUUUCUUUUGGCCGUUGUUCUACUUUGCAUUCAGAAGCUGAGUUUGAAUCGGAGGCAGGCUGGUAUCAAAGAGUUGUAACUAUAAUUGCUGGUCAGUUGGUAGCCCUGGCCCGAUGAUUUUCUUGGAUUUGUGUCUAUUCUGCUGUUAUAAUAGAUGUUUUAUUUUAAUGAACAUCUUCCGAACAUAAACUAGGUACUUCAUAGGUACAGUAUGAUGACCUCCUUUACUCAACAUAUCUACACUUAUUCUCUAUUAAGUUGCUGAUGAGCGUUCAGUGUACUCAGUAACUGUGUAACUAUGAAUUAAAUAUUUGAGUAAAUACCUAAUUCUACUUCACCCUGACUAGUAUCCUGAAUGGGAUAUCGUCGUAUCGAAUCCAUCGUCGUUCUGGUUGUGACGACGGCAACGAAGUUCUCACAAAUGAGAGUUUCUUCGUCUUUUCCUCUCGUACAAUUUAUGUUUGAUCAAGUUUUUCGUAGGAAGUUUCUUAUUGCAGUACUGUCGUGUUUUUCUUUCAAAUGCCUGUACUGUGAUGUUUUUAAAGUGCAUUUUUAUGAACUGUACAUUUAGCGUUUCCUACAAGAAUUUAUAAUUGGAAUUUUUACGAACCAAAGCUCGAAGUAAUCCCGUCAAUAACAAGAAGGAAUCGGGAAUAUUAUCCUAUUUCUGAAUUUUAUCUACAGCAUUCAUUGUACUGUGUGCAAUCUUAAUCUUUAUUUUUGUCUCCAUCUCUAUUUAUAUUAUUUCACUUCUGAUGACGUAAUUAGAAGUAAUUAUACGUUAUUCUAUGAAAAACCCACCUUGCCUCAUUGGUAUUCUUUUAAGUGCUGUGUUUUAAAAUCUUCAGUUGCAUUCAUUGCCAAGUUGGCCUUCAGUAGAGACUUGAAUGAAGGUUCUGUGAGAGUCCUUCCAUUGCCAUCCGAACGUAAAUAUUUCUACAAUUUUGUCCCAUCUGAAUUAGGUUUAAAUCUUGUGUGUUCUGUUUGUAUCGAUUUACUUAGCUUUGGAUGAUUGAAUGUGUUUCUUAAAUUUUAUUUAUUAAAUGAGCCUAUACAGUU